UAAUUAAAUUUCGUUACGUCUCAAGUACAAAAUAAACUUUAUUUUUGGUAAUCGAAUGUGAAACAACCUUUUUUAAAAAAUUCUCUGUUUCGCCAAAAACAGCGCAAAAAAUUUCCCAAGUGCAAUAUUUAUUAAAAUACAAAUAUAAGCAAAAUUUUCGUAGAUGUUAAAGCCAUUAAGGGGGUCGCCACUAGCUACACCAGGAGCUACAGCCACUAGGAACAAGCAACGCACACUGGGAUUCCGCCCGAAGAGUCAUCGGGCUGUAUUGGAGACUCUUCGUCGGGGCUUAGGCGAAGCCACUGCCGUUCGUUCGAUGGGACAGGAGUUCGAGCUGGCCGAGCCGAAGGACGAAGAUCAGGUCUCCCAGAAAACCAGCUAUGUCAGCCUCACCCGGAAUCACUCCAAUGCCAUGCCGUCUUCGAUGAGUGCCAGCAGCAUGACUUUAAUGUCGAAGACCAAUGGCAACAAGACCAAUAGACUGGAAUCCGAUGUCGGAAAGGAUGAGCAGCUAAGCGAUGGCGACACUGUCGAGACGGAUGAAUACCAGAAAAUUCCAAGGAAACGGGAUCGAUUGAAGAGUCCCCCCAAUUCGGAUGCCAUUGGGGCCAAACUGAAGGAGGAGCUCUGCAAGUACAAGCAGGAGCUCAAGGAGUAUAACGAGACGACAAAGGAUCUGGAGGAGAAGUACAUGAAGAUCAACUACGAACUGAGUGAAAUGGCCCAGAAACACGACAGCUUCGUGGCCAAUCGCGGCUCUCAAAUGGAGCUGGAAAGCGAAGCGGAUCUGGACAGUUACUACAACUCGGUAUCCAGUGUGGCCUCCCAACUGACCAUCAAGCGGAAGAGUCCUCGUAUCCUGCGAAGCAAUACUAGCUUCAUGACCGUGCUGUCGGGUCAAAGCUCCUGCGACGAAAUCGGCAGGAAAAAGUAUUCAAAUGGAAGGCGCAGCCAUCCGAAGGAUCAGAGGCCCAAGUGCCAUCUAUCCUCGCAGGUUUUCGACAGCCGGAUUGUGGACACUCUGGCCAAUCGGCAGGCCAGGCGACGAAAGCGAUCCGAGGACGAUAUGGAAAAUCUAGACAGGGAUCAGACCUCUUUCAAAGACGUCUACCAUGUCCUCAAGGAUGUGAUGAACACCUCGCAGGAUCACAAAUACAAACACGAACGUGAUCGAGACCGGGAUAGAGAUCGGGAUCGAGAUAGGGACAGGGACUCUGGGGACCUUGGCCAACUCCUGACCACUAUUAAGAGUCUGAAGAGUGAGCAGCUACAGUUCCGGACGAUUAUCCGGCAGCAGCAGGACCGGAUUGCCGACUAUCACACCCGUUGUGUCAAGGCCCAGGAGAUCAUGAGCACCCAGAAGCACGAGAUCGACAAGCUGCAUGUGAACAACAAGCAGUUGGAGACGAGUAUCUACCAUGACAUCGAUUCCCUGCGUUCGAAGAUCGACAACAAGUUAAAGAACGUCUCCCAUUUGCCGCAGAUGAUGCGGGAUGAGCACUCCAAGUACGAGAAGGUGAUGCGAGAAAACUGUCUUCUUGCGGAUAAACUUCAUGCUCUUCAGCAGGAGGCCAUGCAGCUGAAGGUGAAGAUCGACGAUCUGGGACGCCGAAAACUGGUCACCAUCAAUCGACUGAAGGCGGCCGAGAGGGAUUUGAAAAUAUUCAAAAACUACAAUUCGGCUUUGAAGACGGAGAAGCGCCGACUCACGGAGGAGCUGUCCACAAUGAAGGAUCAGCUGGAGCAGCUCCAGGUGAGCAGUAAGAGGCAGUUGUCUCGCCAUCGGGAGCAGAGCGAGAAGCAGCGCCGGGAUCUUCAGAAGAAGAUCUUCGAUCUGGAAUUGAAACUGAGCAGGAGCCAGAAUUCCACGUCCAGUUUGAUCCAGGAGCGGGACAGCCUAAUCGCCGAGCUGCAGACCCAAUUGCACACCCUGGUCCACAACUUUGAGGUUUCGCAGAAACACAUACGAGUUCUCCGACGGCACAUAUACUCCAUGACGAAUUCGGGCGGUUCUGGGAUCAACAGUGGCGGCGGAUCGGCCGGAAUUGGAAGCGGAAUCGGAAUUGUAGGAGGCGGUGGUGGAGGUGGCGGCUCUUCGCGACCCAGCGAAGCUGGCCUGAUCCGGAUUAAUCAGCUGUCGCAGGGCUCCAGCACCGCACGACUCGGUAACCCCAGGACGCUGAAGGGCAAGAUCUAGUAUCUCGGGUAUUGUUCCCGAUUUUAGGCCAAGCCCGUCAGCGGUCCAGGCAACUUGAAGAUAUGCACGGUUCUGGCCUGGCGACAUCGCAGGCAAGUCCAUAUGAUCAAGUUGCUUGGAUUAUUUUUAAAGGAGUUAUCGACCCAGUGAUCCUUUCACUCAAAUGAUCAUGUAAACUUAUCCUUUUUUCUACUCUUCUGAA